CCUCGGGAUGCCCGGCUCGGCCGGCAGCCGCAGCGGCAGAAGACAAGGAGUUGUCCUGAGCCUCUCUGCGUGAGGUGUCGUGCUUCCGUGAGAUCUUUGUUCUGGGCGCUAGUUGUGACCCUCAAGGCUUAUUUACUGGACACGAAUCUAUAGACCUGGCAAGAGAGUGGCUUGUAACGCUUGGUGUUCUGCGUGUGUCCCUUGGGUCUGAGGGUGUACCUGUUCUGUGAUACCCCCUCUACCUUCCCACUUACUGAAAGAUGUCAGCCAUCAGAGUAGUGUCCUCCUGUUCCUGUCUCCAUCCUGGUGUACAGCUGCUAAAACCAGGAAUGCAGAAGAUGAGCUCCUUCAGCUUACAUACAGCAGCUAGGUGUGCUGCCAAGGAUUACUAUGAAGUACUUGUGUUGGGUGGAGGUGCUGGUGGAAUCACCAUGAGUGCUCGGAUGAAGAGGAAAGUGGGGGCAGGAAAUGUGGCUGUUGUUGAGCCAAGUAAGACUCAUUACUAUCAGCCGCUGUGGACCCUGGUUGGUGGUGGUGCGAAGCAGCUGGCAACUUCUGCGCGUCCAACAGGAAGUGUAAUGCCUAAAGGUGUUGAGUGGAUCAAAUCGCGAGUUACAGCAUUGGAUCCAGAUAAGAACUGCGUCUGGCUGGAGAAUGAUACCAAGAUAUCUUACAAGUAUUUGAUAAUUGCCCUUGGGAUUAGUCUGCAUUACGAAAAGAUCAAAGGCUUGCCUGAGGGUUUUCAUCACCCUAAAAUAGGUUCCAAUUAUUCAGUUCAUACAGUAGAGAAAACAUGGAAAGCUUUACAAGAUUUCAAGGAAGGAAAUGCUAUCUUCACUUUUCCAAAUACUCCGGUGAAAUGUGCAGGGGCUCCUCAGAAGAUCAUGUAUUUAUCAGAGGCCUACUGGAGAAAAACAGGAAGACGUUCCAAAGCAAACAUAAUGUUCAACACCUCACUUGGUGUCAUUUUUGGUGUUAAGAAGUAUGCUGAUGCAUUGCUUGAAAUAAUAAAGGAGAGGAACAUUGCUGUUAACUAUAAGCGCAACCUUGUAGAAGUUCGAGCAGACAAGCAGGAAGCUGUGUUUGAAAACUUGGACAAACCUGGAGUGACUGAAGUUCAUCAGUAUGAAAUGCUUCAUGUCACACCCCCAAUGGGGCCACCUGAUGUACUCAUCAACAGUCCUGUCUCGGAUGAAAUUGGCUGGGUGGAUGUAGAUAAGGAAACUCUACAACAUAAAAAGUAUCCUAAUGUAUUUGGUAUUGGAGACUGCACCAACCUUCCAACAUCAAAAACUGCUGCAGCUGUUGCUGCCCAGUCUGGAGUGCUUGAUAAAACUAUUUCCCUGGUAAUGAAGAACCAGUUGCCAACUAAAAAGUACGAUGGAUAUACUUCCUGCCCGCUAGUAACAGGCUACAACAAGGUGAUUCUAGCAGAAUUUGACUACAACGCUCAGCCUUUGGAGACCUUUCCCAUUGACCAGAGUAAGGAGAGAGUAACCAUGUACCAUAUGAAAGCUGAUAUGAUGCCUUUUCUCUAUUGGAAUGCACUACUUAAGGGCUACUGGGGAGGACCAGCUCCUAUCAGGAAGCUAAUGCAUCUGGGCUUGAAGUAACUGCUGCUUCUGUGUUGGUCAAACACUUUUGAAGAAAAAGGACUGGUCUCGCAAUGGAUCAAUACGUAUCUUUCCUCUUGGACAACCACGUAGUAGAAUAAUCAUUUUUUUUAAAUCAAGCUUUUGUCCUAAAUUUACUUUUUCCCCCUAUUAGGGAUUAAGCCUUCAUAUGCUCUUCCACUGCUCUUCUAUGUAAACUAAGGCCUUAAACUACUGUAUGUACAUACACAG